CCUAAUAAAAAGCCUUACAAGGCAAAACAAUAAACUCAAGAGAUGAGACUUCUCUGCUUAUUACUCUUCCUAAAUCUCUCACUUAUAAACUUAAAACCAGUAUCAGCAAGAAGUAGCAAAACUACUAUAAUACCAGUAAAUGUAGGUUUGAUCUUGGAUGAGCAAGAUUGGAUUGGGGAGAUGUGUUACAAAUGCAUAAAAAUGGCGCUUUCGAGCUUUUAUGCUACUCAUCAACAUUACACCACCAGGAUUGUUUUACAUACAAAGGAAUACAAUCAUUAUGAUGUUGUUAGCGCCGCUGCUUCUGCCCUUUAUCUUAUCAAUAACGUCCAAGUAAAGGCAAUAAUAGGUCCACUUACAUCAACAGAAACCCAAUUUGUGAUAAAUCUUGGUACCAAAGCUCAAGUACCCAUCAUCUCAUACUCUGCAACAAGCCCUCUCCUUUCAUCUUUAGCAAGUCCUAAUUACUUCAUCCGAGCUACCCAAAACGACGUCACUCAAGUACAUGCAAUCGGGGCACUUAUCCAAGCAUUUGGUUGGAAAGAAGUUGUCCCAAUUCACGGACACGACGAGUACGGAAGAGGCAUUAUGCCUGAAUUUGUAUCAAUGUUACAAGAAAUCAACACACGUAUGCCUUACCAAAGUGUCAUUUCUCAACUUGUAACAGAUGAUCAAAUCUUGGAAGAGUUGUAUAAGUUGAAAACAAUGCAAACAAGGGUGUUUGUUGUUCAUUUGUGGCCUAAACUUGGGGUUAGGUUGCUCCUUAAAGCUAAAGAAUUAGGGAUGAUGAGUGAAGAUUAUGUUUGGAUUUUGAGUAAUGGGAUGAUUGAUUUACUCGAAUCUUUCGAUCGUGAUGUGCUCGAAUCAAUGCAGGGUGUAUUGGGUGUUAAAACUUAUGUUCCAAGAACACAUGAACUUCAGAAUUUUACUGGUAAAUGGUCAAUGAAAUUCAAGCAUGAUCACCCAAAUGUGUAUGGUUUAUGGGCUUAUGAUGCUACUUUCGCGCUAGCUAAAGCUGCAGAGGAAGCAUGUAUUAGUAAUACUAAUACUUGUAUUAGUAAUACUAAUACUAAUACUAAUGAUUCAACUGAUCUAGAAUAUAUUGCAGUCUCCAAUAUAGGGCCAAACCUUCUGCAAGCUGUGUCAGAAACUAAAUUCAGAGGUUUAGCAGGAGAUUUUAGCCUGAAGAAAGACAACGAGCUAAAAACAUCAGUAUACAGAAUCAUAAAUGUUGUUGGAAAUGGGUGGAAAGAUGUUGGAUUUUGGACUGCAGAAAAUGGACUUAUGAAAAACUUGAAGGGAAAUUUCUCUGAUGCUUAUUCUACAUCGAAGGCUAAUCUACGAGCUAUCAUAUGGCCAGGAGAAACUUUAUCUGUUCCAAAAGGUUGGGUUAUUCCUGCAAAUGAAAAAAAGCUGAGAAUUGGUGUUCCUGUAAGGUAUGGUUUUACUGAAUUUGUGAAAGUGCAGACAGAUUCUGAAACUAACACUACACAAGUUACUGGUUACUGCAUCGACAUUUUUGAUGCUGUUAUGGCACAGCUUCCUUACUAUGUUGCCUAUGAAUACAUUCCUUUUAUGGAUACGAAAGGAAUUGACUCGAGUUCUUAUAAUGAUUUAACUUACCAGGUUUAUCUUGGGAUGUAUGAUGCAGUUGUUGGAGAUGUUACCAUAGUAGCAAAUAGGUCACUGUAUGUUGAUUAUACACUCCCAUUUACAGAAUCUGGUGUGACAAUGGUGGUUCCAGUGAAGAAGAAGCAAACAAAGAAAGCAUGGUUGUUUAUGAAGCCAUUAACUUGGGAUCUUUGGGUUAUGACUUUUUGCUUCUUUGUGUUCAUUGCUUUCAUUAUCUGGGUUCUAGAACACCGUGUCAACGAAGAAUUCCGAGGCCCUCCUUUACAUCAAGCAGGCACCACUCUUUAUCACUCUUUCUCAACUAUGGUCUUUGCACAUAGUGAGAAUGUGUUGAGCAACUUAGCAAGGUUUGUGAUGGUGGUAUGGAUAUUUGUGGUGCUCAUCCUUACACAAAGCUAUACAGCAAGCUUGACAUCUAUGUUGACUGUACAACAGCUGCAACCUGCAGACUUAGGUGUAAAUGAACUGAUAAGAAAAGGGGAACCUGUUGCAUAUCAGCAUGGCUCCUUUGUUGAAGGACUCUUGAAAAAGAUAGGUUUCAAAGAAUCACAACUGAAAUCUUACAAGAAAUGUGAGGAGUUAGAUGAGUUACUGUCAAAAGGAAGCAAAAAUGGGGGUGUUGCAGCAGUUUUUGAUGAGGUUCCAUAUAUGAGGCUUUUCCUUGCUAAGUAUUGCCAAAAGUAUUCCAUGGUUCAACCAACUUACAAGACCGGUGGUUUUGGCUUUGUUUUUCCAAAAGGCUCUCCACUAGUACCUGAUAUUUCAAGGGCAAUACUAAGCAUAACAGAAGGGGAAAAGAUGGUAGCAAUUGAGAAAGAAUGGUUCAACACACAAGACAUUCGCGGGAGUUCUUCAAGCAACAUGGUUUCUAAUGACUAUCAGUUCAGUCUUGGACUUGAGAGUUUCUGGGGACUGUUUCUCAUUGCUGGACUAGCUGCAGCUUUUGCUCUUGUGUUAUUUUUAGUGGAUUUCUUGUACAAACAUCGGCUUAUAUGGAUGCAGAAUGGGACUUCAAUUCGGAGUAAAAUCAAAGAAAUGGCAAAGACGUUUGAUGAGGUUGACGAAUCAUCUCAUAAGAUUAGGAAGAAUCAGCAACUGGAAAAGAGUUGUCGUGGUUGUGAGAAUAAUCGGGUUGAUGAUGUUGCUGAAAGUAUGGUUCAUACAAAUUGUCCUCCUAGUCCAUUGAGUGUUCUGAAUGAUUGAAGAGUGAAGAAGAAGACAUUCAUGGUAAAGAUGAGAACUACAACAUUACUCUGCUGAAACAUACUGUAACAUACACUAGCUUAGGAUAUAGAAAUAACAAUCCUGCUAUAUAGGAUAGUUUACAAGUUACAUAUUGAAAUUCAAUAGAAGUAGUUGAUUGUAAUUUUCAAAAAAAAUAUAUAUAAAAAAAAUUUAUUACAUACGACCUCC